AUGAAGAUAAUAUCCCGAGACACUUCUCUUACAACGCAAUACAAGGACAAUUUGGCGACAGUGCUACGUGAUAUCGAACGUUGGAUCAGUGAGGCUAAAGUUGCAUCUUCUGCGGUAAUCUUCCAUCGCUGGGGUGCUGUUCAGACGGGAGAUGGGGAGGAUGAGAAAGAGCGCUGGGCAUUGGAGCGAUUGUGUGAUGCAUUGAUAGAACGAGGAGGCCUCGUCCCUGUGUCUGGCAAAAAGCGGCUGGCCAGUAACCUAAAAUCAUCUCCUAUCCUACCGCAAGGUUUAAUUUCGGUCUGGACACCGCUACUUUCCACCUUGAAGACAAGCCACCCAUCAUUUCCGCCCAUACUCGUAUCUGCGAUCACCGACUUUCUGAUCUGCAGACCGGCGACACCAAACAGCGAUGACUUCUCAAGGAAAGACUUGUCGUAUGAACUCUGCCUUGCUGCGUGGGCGGCUUGGUGUGUUGAACAAUGGGAGACGGAUUCCCUCGACGUACGAGUAGAAAAUUACUUGGCUUUGAGACGGAAAGACGUUGUGCUCGGUCUCAUCUCAGCUCUAGCAAUCCGAGCCGACGAGCCUACGGAACUGAGAAAAGGUGCCAAUGCGUUGCUCAGUCUCUUAGUACGUGACGAUCCCGAACUUGAGGAAAUCAGCACGUCCCUUCUUACCGCAGCGCAACGCUCGGUAUCUAUUGGUCCAAAUGAUGCCUGGAUGGACACGGAACUGCGGGUGAUGGAAGAACGUCUCGACACACUCAUUUCAUCGUUGGAUGCCGAGAACGCAGAGCAGGCACCAGUCCUGAUGGAUAUUGACAAGGAAACCUCUUCCGGUUCACGCCCUUCUCGGAAGGUUGAGACGGACGUCAUGCCGAAAGGAUGGACGAAGGUACCUGCGGAAUCAUGGAGUUGUCCUAUUGGGAUCUUUGUCAACUGACAAUCCUUUUCUCGAAAAAAAAAAGCAUAACUUAAGUAGACUUUUCCGUCACUUUACUGCAUAUAAUAUCUAGUAAAUCCACAUUUCG